UUGUGCUGUUCUGCCCAAUCUUUCCGCAAUUUGCGGUUUUCUUUUUGAUAUCCUGGGGAUACUUUGGGCACUGGGUCCUGCCUACUUUCCGUUGAAAUACCCUUGCCUUUUUUUUUUGGCCGCAGUUCGUUCUUUUCAUUAUCACCUACUGCUCGCUUCCUCGCAUUUUCGACUACCCCUUCUUCGCUGUAAUCAGAUGAGCAAAGGCUGGCCGAGGCUCGAUCAAAUCAGCACAAUUUAAUCUGCGCAAAUGCCGGGAACAGUUGCGGAUGGGCCAACCGUGGCCAUGUCCUUUGCCAAUAAUUUCUGGGGAAAGGACGAUGCCGGUGUUGGGCCUAUGCUGGAUCGAAUGCACGGUUCCAAAGUCUCCUGCGACGAGCUGAAAACAUUCUACAACAUUCGGGCUGCCAUCGAAGAAGAAUAUGCACGGAAGCUUCUGGCGCUUUGCCGCAAGUCGCUUGGGUCUUGUGAGACUGGUUCGCUGCGCUCGUCCUUCGACGUGGUCCGCGGCGAAACGGAAGCCAUUGCGAAGUCACAUGCAGCCAUCGCCGUGCAGAUGAAGCGAGAGCUCGAGGAGCCUUUGAUAGCGUUUGCGGGUGGCUCAAAGGAGAGGCGAAAAAUCAUUCAGACCGGAAUUGAGCGGUUGCUCAAAACCAAAGUCAAUCAAACGCAAACAGUGAACAAGACCCGAGAUCGAUACGAGCAGGACUGCCUCAGGAUCAAGGGAUACCUUGCACAAGGACACAUGGUUAUGGGGCAAGAGGAACGCAAGAACAAAGCAAAGCUCGAGAAAACACAGAUACAACUUGCAUCUAGCAGCAGCGAGUACGAGACUGCCAUCAAGAUCCUCGAAGAGACCACCGGGCGUUGGAACAAGGAGUGGAAGUCUGCCUGUGAUAAAUUCCAAGAUCUCGAGGAGGAAAGACUUGACUUUACGAAGAGCAGCUUGUGGACAUAUGCGAACAUUGCGUCAACGGUGUGCGUCAGCGACGAUGCUUCCUGCGAAAAGGUUCGGCUUUCGUUGGAGAAUUGUGAGGUCGAAAAGGACAUCGUCUACUUCAUCAAAGAGAGGGGGACAGGCCAGGAUAUCCCUGACCCUCCACGAUUUAUCAACUUCUGCCGCGGAGAUAUCAAUGACUCAAGCUCGGAAGUCUCUGAAGAGGAUGGGUAUUCUGUGGCCCAAUUCCAGCGCACAAUCAACCCGGCCUUCCGCAGCUCCUCGCCCCAGCCGUCGACGUACGAAUCUCACCACGACCCACAAUCCGACCUAGUUUCUAAGAUGGGCCAUAACGACCCGCCGACUCCUACGAGUAGAGAGACCACUGUCACUCCGCAGAGACCAAUGCAGCCACCACCAACGCAGCAACCACCCCCAUUGGACCUCCGUCGCGGCGGCCAUCCCCCUCCCAACUAUGACCCCAAUCAGCAUGGUGAAAUCGGAAAGGUACCCCAUAACGCCUAUCCGACGGAUGGUAUGACCAUGUUUUGCAGGACUGGGCCUCCUUCAGAGCGUAGUUCAGGAACGAACAGUGGAUACCGCCCAUCGAGCCGCGAUUCCCAGAGCGAAGUCUCGAACCCGACCUCGAUGUCUAGUCAAGAGCCGCCAAGUGCCAGACAGUCCCCAACAAAGCCUGUCAAUGGCGUGGCGCUUCCGGGCAUUGGGAGUGAGAAGCAAGUUCAGAAGAAGAGAAGUGCAUUCUUCAGCAACAGCCCAUUCCGCCGCAAGAGCCGCCAUGAUAAGGACCGGAACUCUGGCUCAGCGCAGCCGCCUUCACGCGGGACAUGGGAUUCUUCUAAGCAGUCGAGCCCCGUGAAGGCUCCGCCGCAACCGCAACCGCAACCGCAAGUACAACAACCCCAACAGCAACCACCACCGCAGCCACAGCAACCGAUAAUUGUGCCUGAAAAUAUUCGGUCGUCUGGAAGUGAGGAGCCGGUGGACCCUCGGGCCAACUUCCAGCUGAAUGUUGGAAAUAACGUGUUCGAUGUGGAAUCCCCAGACAAGGGCGGGCCUAAGAAGGGCUCACAGACCGCCUCUAAGAGCAAAGAAGACGAUCUCGAUCCCAUUGCGCGCGCUCUAGCAGAUCUCAAGACAACCGGCAAGCCUGCGAGCACUCGUGUGUCUGCUGAUAGAUAUCAUGGAAUUGCCACGCCAGUGCCAUCCGCGCCUGCGGCCAAUUACACCAGUGCCUCGGUGGCUACACCACCCCCGGCGUAUAAUGAUCCCACGGUGAAACGCCUUGACGCCCCGCAGCCAGCUUUCACCUCGGCACAGAUGCAAAAGACAACAAAACGAUACACCGGGCAAGCGCAGGGCAUGUUCCGAUCUGCCAACAAUGCGGGUGCCUCAAAUCCUCCAAGCAGACAGUCCCAGGAGGCUCCGCGGGCCAAGUCACCGGCCCCGAGACGGAGCGCCAGUCCUCAGCCGAGCAUUCGGGUCGACACGCGCAUGAGCCAGUAUAGCAGAGGCCCAAGCCCGGCACCCAGCUCACACCAUUCGAGCAGUAUGAAGAACCGCUACAGCCAGUCACCUACGGUCUCAACCCCGCCCCAGCGCCCUGCCGAUGUGCCCUACUCCCCCCAUGAGUACAGCAAGCCACGAGCCUCGCCCAGUACCAUGUCACGAGCCGCAUCCCCCCAGCCUCAGUUCAGACAACAAACUCGGCCAUCUAGCGCCGGCGGAAUGGAACUGCAGCUAUCCUCGAGUCCCGUUGACAUGUACGGCGGCAGCCACGACGGAUACGCCUCCCCCCGACGGGAACCCAGCAGACCGAUGUCCUACUAUGGCGAUGGGGGAAGCCAGAGGAGCCGGUCCCGGAGCAGAGCCAUGGCUGUUGCUGAUCCUGGGCGGCAGUUCAGCCGUGACGGUCGUCCAAUUUUGCAUUUCGCUCGAGCCAUGUACAGCUACAGCGCCGCAAUCCCGGAAGAACUGGGCUUCACCAAGGGCGAUGUCCUAUCAGUCAUCCGUCUUCAGGAUGAUGGCUGGUGGGAAGCCGAAAUCACUACCAGCCGCGGCCGCACUGGCUUGGUGCCCAGCAACUACCUGCAAAUCAUUUAAAUUAUACCCCUCUAUCAUCUCAUGAACCAAUGUCCAUAUCCAGGAGAUUCCACGCUAAUUUACGUUGUUCAUGAUGUAGAUACCAUUUAUGUUCAUGCUCUUGGAAUCUCCCCUUGUUCUUGAAUUCUUCUGUUUCCUGCUUAUCCGAUGAGAUUCACCUGCCCACUUUCCUUACGCCUUAUGAGCCAAGUUUGUCGAUUCUGUCAUGUUUUGCACGCUAUUUGGUUGUUUAAUUUCCACGACCACGUUUGUCCAAUCUAUACUCUCCUUUACGCUGUCUCCGAGAUUGUCGAUUUCCCCUGAAUUAUGACCCCUGGCUGAAAUAAUCUCAUGUCUGGCCAGUUGCUUUAUCCAGUCCAUCUUUCUGUCCUUAAUCUGAGUAAUACCAAGUUGUUUUGAGCGUC